AUGCAAUUUUUUCUCCUACUGUCCGUCUUUUUCGUUCAAGCGUUGACAAUUUCUUGCCAAAACGCAACUGAAAGUCUCGAUGAAACCGUCGUGAUUCCCACUUUGAAACCGACAAAGUUUCUGGAUAAAGUGCGUGCGAUCGGUCGGAAACAGGCGGUCGGAGUGCGAGGAAAACUGUUGUGCGGCGGCGUUGCGGUCAAAAAUGCCACCGUCAAGUUGUGGGAUAACGAUAUGUGUAAGUGUUAGGAAAGUUGAACAACCCUAAUCGAAAACUGUAAUAAUAGAACGACACUGUAUAUUCAAUACGAUAUAUCUCAAUUCUCUAGAGCUAUCAAAAAGUGGCAAACUAAUCAAUUAUUCCCUAAAACAUAUUGUACAUUUUAUCAAUUGACCACUUUUUGAUACCUCUACAGAUAACUGAGAUAGAUAGCCUUGAAUAAAGUGUACAUCUUUUCAUUUGGAAAGAUUGGAAUAACUUUUAAAGUGAAUUAAACAACACCUUUUCAAGAUUUAUUACUAGUGUGUCCAACAUAUAUUUUUCAGUCGACCCUGACGACCUAAUCGCCGAGAGCCACGUGAAACCGGACGGAACUUUCGAAGUGUUCGGGCUCGCAAUCUCGAUCACAAAAAUAGACCCGCAGCUCCGAAUCUACCACAACUGCCGUUCGGAAUCAAAGGAAUGCCGCCGAAAGAUCACUUUCACCAUCCCCGACAACUACAUCAACAAGGGACCGAAGGUAAUUGACUCGAGUGGAUCUCAAGUAUUAUUUUCUUCCUUCUUUCAUUUAGGUGACUAAAUGGUUCGAUCUGGGCACGCCGAACAUGGAAUUCGGAGUGAGACACAAGGAGGAACCGCAUUGUUUCUGA